AUGCCAGCACCACCUCCUCCCCCGCCCCCUCCGCCACCGCCAGUUGCACUGCCAGCCGCUGACAGUUCAAGAAACGCUCUUCUCACAGAUAUUCAUGUAAAUUUUUCUUUAAAAUUAAAAUAUUUCAAAAUAAAAAUUUAGAAAGGAUUCAAACUAAAGAAGACAGUUACAAAUGAUCGAUCAGCUCCAUCUGUAGGUAAAGUAGUAAAUGGAGGAAGUUCAUCUUCAAAUACAAAUGGAUCUUCCUCGAAUUCCUCAUCUGGCGCCCCAAAAAUGCCAAGUUCUGGUGGUUUGGGCGGUCUGUUCGCAAAUGGAAUGCCAAUGAAACCAAGUGACAAUAAAAUAAAAAGAGCACCAACGAAUCUCGGUCAGUUUUUUUUAUUGGAAAAUUUAUUUGAGGAAAAUAUUUCAGCGUUUUCACGAAAUGUUGCAUUGAAAUCAGGUAUUGAAAAUUAACACUUUUCCCCGGAAACUUCUGUUCUAAAAUAUUAUCCAAUGACUAUUAAAAAAUUAAUUUUUGAGAAGUUUAAAUAAUCAUUUUUAGGACCUCCGCCUGCAGCUUCUUCAGCUCCACCGCCACCAGCAGAAUGUGAGUUGACACUUCUUGGAUGUUUUUCUAAGAAUUAUUUAUUUUCAGCUAGGAAGCCAUCGAUAGUUCCCUCAUCUUCUUCUUCUGCUUCAUCAGCAGCUCCUCCUCCGCCACCUCCGCCUCCACCUCCGCCACCAGUUGCGUCAGCACCAACAAAUUCCACCAAAUCAACACAUCCACCACCUCCGCCAACACAACAAUCAAAACCGGUUAGUUCUUUUUUGGUUUGAGGGUUUUGCAUGAAUUUUGUUGUGAUUUAUUUAUUUGUGUCGUUUUUUUCUAGUUGAGCAACACUGGACGUGAACAAUUCAAAACAAUGCGACCGACUAGACAAACAUCAAUCGAUAAACCAAUUAUUAAAAGAUCUGGAAGUUCUGAGGUGUGUAUGUUGUGCGGUGAAAUGAUUUUUUGUGGAAGAGUAUUGUGAAACAACGAUUUCGAAAUUUCUUUUUUUCGGUGGCAUAGAAUUUUCUACAAAACUAUUUUUCAAAAAAAAAAAUACAUUUGCAUGAUUUUUGCCCGAGCUUCUCUAAUUUUUUGAAGUUUUAAGAAGUUUCUCCACACCAAUUCGGACAUUUUCCAAAUUUUUUCUGAUUAUGACUACAAAAAAUUGCAUUGGGAAAUGUUUAUUUUUUAGGAAAAAAUCUGAAAUUUUAUAUGAUUUCACGUAUUCGAAGAAAUUCAGAGCCUUUCCGAAAAAAACAUUAACAAUUCCUAUAAACCUUUAUUCCAGGAUAUCCCACAAAUCAGUCGAAUGGCUCGACCGGGUGUUCCACCGCCAGCUCGACCAGUUGCACCUCCUCCGCCACCCCCACCAAUUCCAUCAACAAAUUCUCGAAGCGACGAUGCGCCCCCACCGCCGCCAAGAAUUGCAUCAAAAUCAAUAGGAGGUGGAACAUUACGAGCUCCCCCGCCACCAUCUCCACAAUUUCAAUCAAUAUCUGGUUCUUCUUCGAUUCCACCGCCACCGCCACAAUCUACAAUUUCAUCAUCUCAAAAUACAGUAACCGUAUCACAAAGUCAACCAUUCCAUCCAUUAAAUCGUUUUCAUUUUGUGCCAAUUAAUCAACUUCCACCGCCUCCAGCAAGAAUUUAA